AUGAAAGAGGAGAGCCAGCAGAGCUCCAUGUCUGACUCCGACCUUAUGAAGAGUGGGGGACCAGCCAGCAGGGGCCCCGAAUGCCGCUCGCCUCAGACUCCCAGGAUGGAUCGCUCUCAGAAUGUCACUGAGAAGGUCACGCAGGUAUGGGGGGUACUUUCUUUGGAGUCUGAUGUACUGCCUGAAUAUAAACUCCAGGUACCAGAGACAACAUGGUGGAUUUUACUUCACUACAGCCCCUUCAAGGCAUUUUGGGAUUGGAUUAUUCUCAUUCUGGUCCUCUACACAGCUGUUUUCACUCCUUACUCAGCUGCCUUCCUCCUGGAUGAACAUGGGGACUUGCGUCAAAGGAGUUGUGGCUACACAUGUAAUCCUCUGAAUGUGGCGGAUCUUUUGGUUGACGUGCUGUUUAUCGUGGAUAUAGUCAUCAACCUUCGCACGACGUAUGUGGACCAAAACGACGAGGUGGUCACACAGCCGAGCCGGAUAGCCAAGCACUAUAUCAAAGGCUGGUUCCCCAUUGAUCUGUUCGCAGCGAUCCCUUUUGACCUUCUCAUUUUCAGAUCUGGAUCUGACGAGGUAAGAACUCUGCCAACCCAAAUGGCAACCUUAACAAGUCUGCUGAAAACGGCUCGGCUGCUGCGAUUGGUCCGCGUUGCAAGAAAACUGGACCGAUAUUCUGAAUAUGGGGCUGCUGUCCUUUUCUUGCUCAUGUGCACCUUUGUGCUCAUCGCCCAUUGGCUCGCCUGCAUCUGGUAUGCUAUCGGCUUCGUAGAGAGGCCGUACACAGAGACCGGCUGGCUGGACAACCUGGCUGAACAACUGGGCAAGUCGUACAAUGACAGUGACUCUUCCUCUGGUCCAUCCGUCAAAGACAAGUACGUCACCGCUCUUUACUUCACCUUGAGCAGUUUGACGAGUGUCGGAUUCGGUAACGUCUCUCCAAACACUAACUCAGAGAAGAUCUUCUCCAUCUGCGUCAUGGUCAUUGGCUCUCUCAUGUAUGCCAGCAUCUUUGGGAAUGUGUCUGCCAUCAUCCAGCGGCUAUACACUGGUACAACUCGCUACCACACCCAGAUGUUGCGAGUCAAAGAGUUCAUCCGAUUCCACCAAAUCCCAGGUUGCCUUCGCCAAAGGCUGGAAGAGUACUUUCAGCAUGCCUGGUCCUACACAAAUGGUAUCGACAUGAAUGCUGUGUUGAAGGGAUUUCCAGCGUCCCUGCAGGCGGACAUCUGUUUGCACUUGAACAGAUCUCUGCUAGACAACUGUAAGGCUUUUCAUGGAGGCAGUCAAGCCUGUCUGCGGGCCUUAAGUUUGAGGUUCAAAACAGUCCACGCUCCUCCAGGAGAUACUCUGAUCCACUAUGGAGACAUCCUGGACUCGCUGUUCUUCAUCUCACGUGGUUCCAUCCAGGUCAUCAGGGAUGAUGUGGUGGUCGCUAUAUUAGAAAAGAAUGACAUCUUUGGAGAGGCUAUCCACCUGUAUGAUGAGCCGGGGAAGUCCAAUUCAGACGUGCACACCAUCACCUACUGUGACCUGCACCGCGUCCUGAGGGACGACCUGCUGGAGGUCCUGGAUAUCUACCCCAACUUUGCAAACAACUUCUGGAGGAACCUGGAGAUAACUUUUGACCUGAGAGAUGCUGAUCAAGUACCACCAAUAAUAACAGCUGAUGAUUCUGGUGACGACUAUGGGUGUCGCCACAAGCCAAGACACAGAAUGCACUCCAUGGACUGCCGAAUCAGGCCAGAUGGAAUCGAUCACGAAGACUCGUACCCCCUCCAGUCCUUUCGUCAUCGACACUCAGCUCCUCAGGCACAUUGGGACGACCACUGUAGCUGUGGAUCCCCGUGUUCCCAGUCCAGUGAAGACCUGGCUAAGCCUCACGCCCACAGUGCCAAAGUGGAGCUUUACCCUCCAGAAGCCGGCAGACAGGACUACUCCCCCUCUGUAGUGCAGCUGCUCCACCCUAGGUUUGAAACAUGCUGAGGUUUUGGAAUUAUUUAUUUUAAUAAAAUCAAACUGUCUUCAUACUUUUUAGCUUCAUCUUUGAAUGUGCCCGGAAUGUAUCGAUACUGGCCAGACCGACAGUCACAACAGUUUUCCAGUCGUACCUGGCGAUCUUCUUCUGUCCGCAACUCAUACCACCCACCACCAUUCACAGAAGAACGGCCCAGCGAACUGGAGUCUCGACUUGAGGUUUUACAUUCACAGCUCAACAGACUGGAGACUCGCAUGACAGCCGACAUCAACGUUAUUCUCCAGCUUCUCCAGAGGCAGAUUGCUCCCGUACCUCCUGCUUACAGCACUGUAUCAUCCAGCACCCUCCCUACUGACUCACCUGGCCUGUAUGGGACCGGGACACCAGUGCUGCACAGCAUGUACCCAAUUUCCCCGAUACAGAUGGACAGCCGGGCACCCACACAGAGUUCUGCCCAGACUGACCUUCAAUUCAACAAGAAGUCCCAGGAGUCCCUGUCCAGCGGCAUCCAUGUGACUGUGGCAUCAGACGACACCAUGUUCAUGACUGUCAGCCCGGAAACGGAGACCCACACAGGGUUGACUCCACAGCUGGCCCAGCCAUCAGCCACAUCCUCCCUCAUGGAGAACCCCGGGCUGUGCAGCAGCCUACGCUACCCCUCGCUGCCAGGGAACCUUGAUAUCACCUCAGGGCUGGCUGAGAUCCAAAAACACCUCUCAGACCCUGUGCUGCCUGUCACCUGA